AUGCCGAAGCGCGGGCUUCUGUCCUUUGGGCUGCUUCUAGCCGUUGGUCGGCUGUGGACCUUUUGUGGACUGAGCCAGGCCUCGCACGAUGGCCGCACCACGCGGACGGAGCGCCAACGGGCGGAAGACGCUCAGUCAGAGAUCUCAGCGGAGAGGAGCGAAGAGUUGCUGAUCGCACUGGGUCGAAAUCUUUGGGCGGCGGCCGACGUCGCUCGGGGUGAGUGCCCUCCUGGCUGCCGCGCCUUUGGGCCUCCAAGCCCUGGACGUCCGGAAGUUCUCCCCGCAGGGCCUCGGGGCCGCCGCGCUGGCGCUCCGCAGCGCAGCAGAUGCUCGGAUUGGCUUCGCAGACUCGGGAUGGGCAUGAGGAACCUAGGACCUAGGCUCAGGAACCUGAAGGUGGAGAACCCCCUGAAAGAGCAUGACCCAUGA